UGUUAUCACUCUUCCCACGCGUACUCACACGAACCCUACCCGCCGCCUCUCCUUUCCUUUCCCGAUCUUUUUUCCCUCUCACGACGUCGCCGGCCUCCUUCCGCCGGCAGUCUCUCCCUCACUAUCGCUAUCUAUUUCUCUCUCGUUUCACUCUCUCGCUCUGCUCUGCGUGUGCCCGGCGUGCGGUUGUCUCCGUCGUCGCCUGAGCACCCACUGCCGCCGGAGCCGAGAGAGGCCGCUUCAGGCCAUCUCUUCCCUCCCUUUCCUUCCUAUUUGUCUACUUCUCCCUCUCCCUGUGCACCCCUGGCUGCCGGGAGCCUAGAGGGACCGAGCCCGGACCACCAUCUGGUGCUUCUCAGAGCCAGGGCACAGUCAGGAGCUAGGGCAAGCAGUCGGCCUCUCCUUGUUGUCUCUCUUAGCCACCGUCUGGUCCAUGUGCCCUUGCAUGAAGCCACCGCUCUUGUUGCUUUGCAUCCAACAUAUCACCGCGAUGAACAGAUCUUGCCUUGCGCGUUGGUCAAAUUAAAGGUGAUACCUGCUUGAAGUUCAAAUGGAAACUAUCCAAUUUUAAAAAUUCCAGCAUGCACAUGUCAGAUGCAACCAAAGAUUCUAGUGUCACAAAUGUGUCAUUUAUAGGAUCUAACCAAAGAUUGCCUCACAAGCUCGGUCGGCAACAACUGUCAGAUGCAUCAAAAAGCACUCCAGAAUCUUUAUAUUUACAUUCACAACUGCAUGACACAGAAGAAGAAUCUGUAUGUUGGAGUCAGGAGUCUCAGUCAAUGUUGCUAAGGCCUCAUCAAACAUAUGAUCCAAUUGGGCAGCCUCAAUUGUUGCAUAAGGGUAGAUAUCUAAAACGACGGCACAUAUUAGUACAAAAAUGUGAUUUUGAGCCCUUGCAUUUGCAAAGCAAUACCAAAGUUUCACAUUCAAUUAAUUGCAAUAAUUUGUCAGACCAAAUGCCGGGUGGGCCUUUGAUAGCCCAUGACAUGAUUAAGCAGGAGCUACCUCUGGGAAUGAAAGAAUACAUUUCAUCAAAUAGUUCUGUUCUUACAGAUGUUUUAUUUGGUGAUCAUUCCAUGUUCCCAAGAAAACCAGCACAAUAUCAAGCAAUUCAGAAUCUUCUAUUCCUGUAUGAACAUGCUAGGAACUGCCAAAAUCAAGAAAAUCAUUGCAAUUUCUUCCAAUGCAGGAAUUUGAAAAGUGCUCUUGCUCACAUUUUACAUUGUAAAGAUGCUAAUUGUGCCAAGGGUUGCUACAAGUACAAGAACCUCUUUGAUCAUUAUGCAGAGUGCUCUAAUAAUUUUUGUAGUAUUUGUGGUCCUGUGAGAGCAAGAAUAGAAGAAGUUUCUCAAAGGAAUAUUAGCAAUGGUUUCGCAGAUUUUAAGACUCCUCUAGCUACUGUUGCAAGCAUGGAUCAAGAGGAAUCUGCCUGCAAACGUGCCAAAACUACAAGUCAUUUUGGUCAAAACCAAAUUUUUGGGGUCAAUGUAGAAUCAACAAAACCAAACCAUCAUUUUGGAGGAGAGCUGCAAGCAGACCAAUUGGUGAGACUGCCUUUAGACACAAAUACUGGGAAUCAGAAACUAAUAAAAACUUGCACACUUGGAGAUGCAAAUACUACUAGUGCAAAAAUAGUGGAAAGUCAAAAUACGGACUCCAUCCUUGGAAAUUCUGGAGAAACCUAUGGUUCUACGGAGGACCCCCAAAUUGAGAUCAAAGAAAAUCUUAGCGUAGAACCUGAUGAGUUAGCAAAUGUGGCUAUAUGCUCUGAGCCAGCAAAUGAAAUUCAGCUUGGGUUUCCUAUGGUUGAAAUCAGUGAUGGUAAUGCCGAAUCAUCUGCAUCUGCUAAUGUGGUUGAGACAAGGAUUGGAACCCCACUUAGUGUGGAUAAUGAUGAGUUAGCAAAUGUAGCUAUAUGCUCUCAACAAACAAAUGUAGUUCAACUUGGGUUUCCUAUGGAUGAAAUCAGUGAUGCUGGUAAUGUGAAUCUAUCUCCUUCUGCUAAUAUGGCUAAGACAAAGACAGGAUCGCCAAAACGAGUGACUUCUAAUCUUGAUACAUCCACUUCGGAAAUGCAUAGGGUUCACAUAGGCAGUUUCGAGCAACAUGUGGACCAGCAUAGAAGGAACAUGCUUUUCUCCUCCCUGAUGUCCAAUCCGCAUGUGGGGAGGCUAGAAAAACCACAAGAGGUGAAAUCAGCCUCACCAACUUCAAGCACCAAUGAAGAGAAAGUAUUAUGCGACAUGUUGCCUGGUAUCUCGUUCAGUAAUAAUACAUUUAAGAGCCCUGUGAUUGGUGAUCUAUGUUCUGCUUCCCAAAGAUAUAUACCUAAUGAGCACCAUCGUGUAGUUGCCCAUGCAUCACUUAGUUCUGGUGGAAACCUUGCGCCUUUGUCUGAAGAAACUCUGAGUAAACACCAUUUUGGUUGCCAAAUGUCAGCAGAACAAUAUUCUGAUAGUCAAAAUGAUCAGUUUUCAAAUGAAAAUAGUAGUAAAUGGAUGCCUUGCAUGUCUCAAAUACCUUUCUACGGCAAUGGUGACACCAGUUUGAAUUUCAAAUGGAAGCUAUCCAAUUUUAAAAAUUCCAGCAUGCAUGCGUCAGAUGCAACCAAAGAUUCUAGUAUCUCAAAUAGGUCAUCUGUAGGAUUUAACCAAAAAUUGUCUCACAAGCUCAGUCAGCAACAACUGUCAGAUGCAUCAAAAAAGACUCCACAGUCUUUAUAUUUACAUGCACAGCUGCAUGACUUGGAAGAAGAGUCUGUAUGUAGGAGUCACGAGUCUAAGCCAAUGUUGCUAAGCCCUCAUCAAGCAUAUGAUCCAAUUGGCCAGCCUGAUUUUGAGCCCUUGCAUUCGCAAAGCACUGUCAAAGUUUCACAUUCAAUUAAUUAUAAUAAUUUGUCAGAGCAAAUGCCAGGUGGGCCUUUGGUAAUCCAUGAUAUGAAUAAGCAGGAACUAGCUCUGGGAUCGAAAGAAUGCGUUUCAACAAAUAGUUCUAAUCUUACAGAUGUUUUAUUUGGCGAUCAUUCCAUGUUCCCAAGAAGACCAGCACAAUAUCAAGCAAUUCAGAAUCUUCUAUUCCUGUAUGAACAUGCUAGGAACUGCCAGAAUCAAGAAAAUGAUUGCAACUUCUUCCAGUGCAGCAAUUUGAAAAGUGCUUUUGCUCACAUUUUAUAUUGUAAAGAUGCUAAUUGUACCAAGCGUUGCAAUAAGUACAAGAGCCUAUUUGAUCAUUAUGCAGAGUGCUCUAAUAUUUUUUGUAGCAUUUGUGGUCCUGUGAGAGCAAGAAUGAAAGAAGUUUCUCAAAGGAAUAUUAGCAAUGGCUUUACAGAAUCUAAGACUUCUCUAGGUACUAUUGUAAGCAUGGAUAAAGAGGAAUCUGUCUUCCAACGUGGCAAAACUACAAAUCAUUUUGGUCAAAAUGAAACUUUUGAGGCCGGAGUAGAAUCAACAAAACCAAACCAUCAUUUUGGAGGAGUGCUGCAAGCAGGCCAACUGGUGAGACUGCCUUUAGAUACAAAUACUGGGAAUCAGAAUCUAAUAGAAACUUGCACGCUUGGAGAUGCAAAUACUAGUAGUGCAAAACUAGCGGAAAGUCAAAAUACGGACUCUAUCCUCAGAAAUUCUGGAGAAACAUAUGAUGCUACUGAGGGCACACAAAUUGAGAUGAAAGAAAAUCUUGCCGUGGAACCUGAUGAGUUAGCAAAUGUAGCUAUGUGCUCUCAACAAAUGAAUGUAGAUCAACUUGGGUUUCCUAUGGAUGAAAUCGGUGAUGCUGGUAAUGUGAAACUAUCUUCUUUGGCUAAUGUGGCUGAGACAAAGACAGAAGCCCCCAAAAGAGUGACUUCUCUUCUUGAUACAUUCACUGUAGAAAUGCUUAGAGUUCACAUAAGCAGCCUUGAGCAACAUGUAGACCAGGAUAAAGCAAAGAAAGACAAAUCCCAGGAUAUGGAACACCUGGUAGAUCAGAACUUAUGCAGUUUGUGCAGGAUGGAGAAACUUACUUUUGAGGCUCCACCUCGUUAUUGUUCAUCGUGUUACAAGUUAAUCAACCCUAGGGGAGUCUAUUAUACUAUCAGAAGUUUGAAGUACACGGAUUAUGAGUGCGGUGCAAAGAUCUCUUUUUGUAGCAAGUGCUAUGGUUCCUCUGGUGAGAGUAUCAAGGUUGCUCGUCAAGAAAUACGAAAGGUGAAUUUGGAAAGGAGGUUGAACUAUGCUGAGAGUGAUGCUGAAAAUGAAUGGUGGGUCCAAUGUGAUAAAUGCAAAGCAUGGCAGCAUCAAAUAUGUGCUCUUUUUAGUGGAAAAAGGAAGGAUGCAUUGCAAUCCGAAUACACUUGCCCAGAGUGUUGCUUGCGCGAACUGGAAUGUGAGAUGCAUAAACCAGUACCGCGAAAUGCAGUUCUUCGGGCAACUGAUUUGCCAAAAACUAUGAUGAGUGAUCAUAUAGAAAAUUGGUUAUUUGAGCACCUUCAACAAGAGAGAGAAGAAAGGGCAAGGAAAUUACAAAUAACUGUUGAUGAGGUGCCUGGGGCCAAUGAUCUUGUCAUUAGAGUGGUCUCAUCAGUUGACAAGAAAGUGGAAGUAAAUCCAGGUUUUCAAGAGGUUUUUAAGGAGGAAAUGUAUCCUGCAUAUUUUCCUUACAAAUCAAAGGUUAUUCUGUUAUUUCAGACAAUUGAAGGUGCAGAUGUUUGCCUUUUUGGCAUGUAUGUUCAAGAAUAUGGUUCAGAGUGUUCUUUGCCAAAUCAAAGGCGCGUUUGUAUUUCAUAUAUAGAUUCUGUCAAAUACUUCAGGCCUGAAAUAAAGGCUGUUACAGGAGAGGCUUUGCGGACCUUUGUUUAUCAUGAGAUCCUGAUAGGGUACCUUGACUACUGCAAGAAAAGAGGUUUCACCAGCUGCUAUAUAUGGGCUUGCCCAUCUCUAAGGCAAGACUAUUAUAUUCUAUACUGCCAUCCUAAGACACAGAAGACACCAAAGUCUGAGAAGCUUCGAGAAUGGUACCAAGUUAUGAUACGCAAGGCCAUAAAGGAAAAAGUAAUUCAGGAGCAAACCAAUUUAUAUGAUCAUUUCUUUGUUCCCACUAGUGAAAGCAAAGUUAAGGUUACUGCAGCUCAGUUGCCAUACUUUGAUAGUGAUUUCUGGCCUGGAAAAGCAGAUUUUCUUCUAGAGGACAAGAACAAAUCUCAGGCCAAAGGCACAAAGGCAGUGAUCGAGAGAGCGCUAAGGGCUGCCAAACGGGAUGCAUCAACUGGAAAUCCAAAGGAUAUUCUACUUAUGCACCAACUUGGAGAAGUUAUCCGCCCAAUGAAGGAAGACUUUAUCAUUGUCCACUUGCAGCACACCUGCAAAUAUUGCUAUCAGCCUAUUAUGUCUGAAAAACUUUGGGUCUGCAGUGUCUGCAAAAAUUUUCAACUGUGUAUGCAGUGCCAUGAUAAGAUGCAGGAUCUUGAUAAGAAGGAUAGACACCCUAUUACUGCUAAGGAAAAACAUUCCUUCCAAUUAGUGGAGAUCGAUGUUCUUGCAGAUACUCAUGACGAAGAUGGAACUAUAGAAAGCAAAUUGUUUGAUGUGCGAACUGGUUUUUUAAAUUUUUGUCAAAAUGAACAAUAUCAGUUUGACACCCUCCGUAGAGCAAAGCAUUCAACUCUGAUGAUCCUUUAUCAUCUUCAUAAUCCAAUGGAAUAUGUGUUUACAUCCUCAUGCGCCAUGUGUCAUGGUAGCAUUGAUGGUGGACAAAAUUGGCACUGUAUGAACUGUCAGGGUUACCGCCUUUGUGAUUCUUGCUAUUUGAAAGGGACUUCUCACCAUCAGUUGGUUAGUCACACCAUGUUGCCUGGGAUCAAUCUGCAGCCAAAGCAACAAAGAAGUGGAAGAUUAAACGUUCAUAUUGUCCUUGAUGCAUUGCUUCAUGCUGCAAAGUGCUAUGCUCCUCGAUGCACAUAUCCAUAUUGUUUGAAAGUCAAAAAGCUCUUCCUCCAUAGCAGGAGAUGCAAGGUGCGUGUUCCUGGUGGUUGUAUAUCAUGCAAGAAGAUUUGGCUGCUACUUCAGCAUCAUGCUUGUAUUUGCCAAGACUUAGAUUGCCAUAUGCCUCGAUGCAGGGAUCUAAAGGUUUAUAAAAUGAAGGUGAAAAAUGUAACAAAAGAAAGAAUCAGACUACAUGCUAGGGUUUCUGCAUCUGCUACUUGGAACUGACGUGCAGUGUCUGAGUUUUAGGAAGGGUAUCUUUCGAGUUGAUAAGAAGAUUUAUUUAUUUGAAGUUAGUGGACUAGCAGUGGAGUUCUUGUGCAGAAUGAUGAUGGUGGCACCACUACUGUCGUCUAUGGAUUGUCACUGCGCUCUGACUAAGCACUGCUUGACCUGCUACUGAUAAUUUGUUAGAAUAGUCAUCCUUGGAGGUUGCUAAGAUGAUUCAAUUACCAAAGCUGAUAAACCCGCAGCUGCUGUCGAUCGACCUUGGUUUUUUUAAAACUUGCAAAUCUGAAGGUAUACGCAGAAGAUGAAGAACAUGGUGGUGUUUUUGAAUCCACUAUUGACCAGAUGAGCAGUUUGCAAAUUUUGCUGGAAAAUGACAUUAUCAGAGAGACAUUAAGAGUUAGAUUUAAUUAUCCAAGUAUGUAAACUAGCAAUUUUAGUCUGAUUCAUGCCUGGAUUGGAAGUGAAAAGGACCCUAAUUCCCUAACGGCUUGUAAAUAUGGAGCCCUGGAGAACCGGCCGGCAUACUUUGCCUCCGACAGUAAUUCAGCAUUCUAGCUGCACGUCAAGGAAAAAUAGCCUAGCAACUAAGGAGCAAGGAAAUGAAAACCAAACUUGAGGGUGCAAUGACUAAAGGAUCAGUUGUCCAAGCUUCUUGGAUAACAUGUGCAUUAGUUUGAAUUAUGUAUUUGCAUUUGAUUCUUUUUAUAUGAUCAAUAAUUUUGUGACCGGGCAAAAUUUUCAUAAAUUGAUAGAUUUCUUUAAACGUUCUUCUGUGUUUGAUGGUAAA